AUGUAUGGAGAAGCGGCCAAUAAAUUAGUGCAAAACGCGAAGCGCACUCUUGCCCUUCCCCAUCUUCCGCCCUAUGCCUCAGAGCUCACGCGCUCCAUAGUCCGCGAAGUGCGCGACCUCGACAAAGAUGUUUCGUCGAUCCUCGCUCCCUACAGCGGCUCCUUCAACCCCAGCGCAUCGCCUGAAACAGCCUGCGCUCUCCUUGUAAACCACUUGUGUAUGCGCCGGAACAAGCGGUGUCUACUCGCCUACCACCGUGUGCGGAGCGACAAACUGGAGGAAUACUGCUGGGAGGGUAUCGAUGUGCUGGAGCAACAGGGCAGCAAGGACCAUAGUGGAGAAGGAGGGAGGGGGAAUGGUAUGGGUGCCGGAGGCGGAAAAGAAGAGAGCAGUCUGAGUCCAGAAGAGGAAGAAUACGUGAGGCAGUACAGCGAUCUGCUUGCUGCGUACAAGGGGCAAUGGACCGACAUCGAUCUGACGGGGAGUCUGGAGCCGCCUCGCGAUCUGUUCAUCGACGUUCGCGUCCUAAAGGAUGCGGGCGAAAUACAGACGGAAUACGGGUCCAUAACCCUGACCAAGAACUCGCAAUUCUACGUCCGGCAUGGCGACGUUGAACGCCUUAUCACGCAAGGAUACCUCCAACGUCUAAGCUAA